GGGAGGUGGUGCCAAGCGGCCUCAAAGGGCAAAGGAGGCCAUGUCAGCAUUCGAAACGCAUGACUCGUUCAUCGGCACGCCAGCCCAUUCAACAGACUCUCCUUGAGCAAUGAGGGAUGGCCGGAAGACAUACCUCUUUCCACGCUCCUGAUGGUGGUGCCGAAGGCAGCGAGAAUUGUCCCCGUUGACCCUUCCAGCAAAUCGCAAGGCAGACAAGUAGCCGAAGGUACGGCACUUUAACUUCGUCUGUGUACGAGAUUCAUCAUGCCAUAUGCACGCAGGCAACGUCUGCAGCUGGUGCUGCCUUCCUGCCCGCCAGACUGCUGGCCAUGACAGUGCAAGGCCGCCGGAGAAGGCGAGGAAAGUCCCCUUCCUCGAAAGAUUCGACGCAUUCGCAUACGAGACAGCGACACACUAUGAGUUGACGGUGAGGGAGGCAUCUCAGGAAGACAGACAGACAGACAGACAGACAGAAAGACGUGUGUUUGAGUGCAGGAAUUCAGCCAUCAUCCCGGCAUCCGUAUCGACAUGGCUACAUUCCCUGUCAUUGUGUAUCGGUAAGGGCAGGCCUGCGUAGGGUACCUCGCCUUCCUCCCGCUGCAUGCAACUCUGCCUUCUUUCUUUCCGCUCAGCAUUCUGCACGAAACCGCCCUGUACAAUCUGUAUCUCAUGAAAGUCCGCAGCACACUUAUGCUGGGCAUGAAGUUUGCUUUUGACAAACCCCACGACAACCGAAUCGCCGCUUUCUGGAACGCCGCGCCAACACCUCACAUGUAUGCCGGCUCGUUCGCCUCUCAUUUCUCCUGUUGCACCGUCCGUCCCUUGUUCAUUUCAGGCUGCGAAGCUACAAACAGAUAAGGUCAGCAAUGAAGCCCGAGGGCGAGACAAGCGCUGCAGACAAGAGCUCGGCGGCUAAAGAAGGGGGCGUGAGGUUUGGCAGUGCCGAGGAUGACAGCUCGGUUCCACUGGAGCAGGUGCUGGCCUCAGACGCGCCCAUGCCAAUGGCCAUUGCCAGGACAAUCGACUCAGAGGUCAGCCACCAGCAAACCUACCGGCCGUUAUCUCUGCGCCUCAUUGUCACACCAUGUCUCCGUCUUGCCAGAUAUAUGCGGUAGCCCCCUUGCCACUGCUUGUUGCUGAAAAGCUCUUGGAUGGCGCUGAGCUGGCGCGCGUGGCCGCCGUUCGCCUGUCCACUCGCGAAAUAGGCGGCAGGAGAGGGACUUUCAAGCAAAUGAACAUCCCCUGGUACUCCCCUCAUCCCCCAGACGUCCCGGAGUAUCUCAAGCCAAUCAUGAGCACGAAAGGUGUCAAGUUUUAUCAGCGGCCAACAGGUGAGCUGAUGACAGGCAGAGAGAGAGGCAGGGAGCCAGGGAGGCAGGGAGGCAGGGAAGGAGACACGUCUGAUCUUUCUUUCUUGUUUCUCGCAGAGGUGGAGCCGUUCAAGAGCAUCGGUGCACACGACGACUUCAUCAAAUCAUUGGAUGUGCUGAAGGAGGAACGAAGGCGAUCGACGGCGGAAAAAGUCAAGUCAAUCCUCGCAAAUGCCUUCAUGCAAGCAGGAGACACCAAACCCGGCAAACCGGAAGCGCCGGCAUCUCCCCCCGUUGUUUUGAAGGAGCCGGUGUUCAGAACCACCAAAAGGGAGCCGACCCUGGGAGAGAGAAUCAUGCAGCGCCAAGGGAGUCUGCUGCGGCCGCUGAAGAGGACGCGCACCGAGGCGCUGGGUGAAAAGAAACCCGUCAAGAAGAAGCCCUUCGACGUGAUAGAGGCAGUCAUGUACGGGGGCCGGAGAGGCUCAGACGCCUUCGAGAAACCGAAGUUGAGGCGCUCUUCGACGAGCCAGGCCCAGGCCAUGAAAGAGGAGCCCAAGACCCUGUCAGAGGAGGAGCUGAUGAAGGCCCGGAGGCAAUGGAUGGAAUGGGCCAGGAGCAGAUGAGUGUGGGUGCAGAUGGUGG